AUGUCUCGAAAUGUGGAAAUUAAGGCAAAAAUCAGCGAUCACGAUGAAGUGGUGCGAAGAGCUGUCGAAUUAUCCGGAAAAGAGCCGGUUCUUCUCAAGCAACAUGACAUUUUCUACAAUUCGCCGAAUGGUCGACUAAAAAUGCGAAGUGUUGAGGAGAAUGGGAAUAGGAAAACCGAGCUAAUUUGGUAUGAUCGACCGGACGUCGCCGGACCGAAAUUAAGCGAUUAUAAUAAAUUCGACGUGCCCAAUGAAUUAGUUGACUCGUUGAAGUUAACCCUUCAAUCAUCAAUGGGUGUAAAAGGAGAAGUAAAAAAGAUACGGACUUUAGUCCUUCAUGGUCAAACUCGAAUUCACAUCGACCGUGUCGAGUCGCUUGGAGAUUUCAUGGAGCUCGAGGUUUGCCUAUCAGCCGACGAGAAACCAGAAGACGGUGAGAAAAUCGCAGAAGGAAUCAGAAAAACGCUAGGCAUCGCCGAUUCGGAUCUACUAACCAGCGCUUAUAUGGACAUGCUCAACUCUUAA